AUGGUUACAGCUGUUCAGCCAAUGUUUGGUCUUUUAAAACGACUCCACCUACAUCCAAUGGAAAAUGCUUUAAAUGAAAUAAGUCCACAAACUUCCCUUCUGCAAUCUAUAAAGUUUAAAGCCCAGCCAUUUCUGUUUCGUAAAACCAAAUCUGAAGAAAUACGACGUAGUCACGACAGUAUGGGCCAGAAGAGACCAUCACCUUACCUUUCUAACACGGACCUGAAAACUGCCAAACGUUCCCGCCGUGUUACGAAAUUAACUGAUAAGAUCGUAAAUCCCGUGGAUGUAAACUUUAAACCUAAUUAUGAGAACUCAAGCAUAAAUUAUUCAACUUUAUCUCCUGGAGUAACCCCAUCAAAUCCACCCAUCUUUCCAUCUCCUACUUCAAUCAAUUCCCCCAACCUUUCUGUAUCAAAUGUUUCAUAUUCUUUACGCAUCCCGAACUCUAGCGAAACCCCAGUAAUUUCUCAUCCGAAAUAUCUGUGCCUCCAAAACUCCCCGCACCCAGUUUGCCAGUAUCGAUCCCAAGUUACUCCCGUCGUUAGAACUAAUCCCACAGAGUGCCAGACACGUAUUUCUACACGUAGUACGGAUUCAUUAUUAGAUGAGAAUCAUUUUGUGAUUGAAGAGGAAACACCCGCUACUUCUAUUUGUGCAAAGGACUCCCUCCAUUUAAAUAAAAUAACUGGCCAUCUUAGUGGACAGAAUCUUAAGGAUGUUCGAUACGUGAGUCGCUCACGUAAUACCAGCAGAUUGUCUCCUGUAUCUUCAGUAUCUAAAAGAUAUGGUAAUUCGGACGAUAACAAAUGUGAUGUGAAGUUGAAAAACAAAGAUAAAGUUAUGAUUGUAUACAAGGAACCAUCAAAGCGUCGGAAAUCUAUUGAUCAGCUCAUUGAACCUUCGAUUCAUGGAUUACCAGAUCCCGAAAUUUCCACUAAACCUCGUACACGAAAACCAACUCAAUUUUUACAACUUAAUGCACAAACUACUGAGUCUUCGUGUAAUGAUCAAAAGCCUGCCUAUCUCACUACUCAGUCAUAUUAUUAUGUACCAGAUUUUACUAACCGUCAUCUCCGAAGUCCAGAAACUGUCCAAGUUCAUGUGAUAGAGCCGAGAGGUAUACCAAAGAUGUCCAAUUCAUCUGUUCUUAUUGAGGUUCCUAGCUGGCGUGUUAUACCUAUCCCAGGUGUCGAGAUCUAUAUGGAUUGUUCUUGUGGGACAAAACAUUCCAAAUCAUGUCCCAAAAAACACCCAGACAGACGAAAACUAACAGAUACGGAUACUCUUAAAUCAUGUAAUCUCCGCGCCUUACGAUCCAGCUUACUGACUAUUAACUCUGUCCAUUCAAAUAAAAAUUAUCCAACUCCAGAACUUAAGUCAAAACCCAGGUCUGGAUCUUCCCAGACACAAAAAGAGCAUUACCAAGUUGGAGAACCUAUCAAAUCAGUUGGCGUUUUGAAUGAAAACAUAUCAGACCCAGCAUUCCUUGCUCGCCAUUCGCGUUUGGAAAUUGAGGAAGUUCGUCACGAACGCUUAUCUCGCCAACGUACUGCAGAACAAGAACUAAAGCAACGUUUGGAAGAAAGGGAUCAAGCCAGUUGGCAUAAGAGACAACCUGGUCGUUUGGAUCCACUUCUGAAGUAUAGACCAGCUAGUCGGAUGCCGACUCAGCUAAGCUACGCACUCAAGCAAGGACAUCAAUUUCACGUAGAUAACUCUAUACCGGUGGUCGCAUUCGGUUGUCGUGUGCCAAUAGCAUCGCUAAAACCCUUCACAAAGUUCAGCAUUCAAUAA